AUGUCAAAAUACAAGGAUAAGGAGGGCGAAGUCCUCUUCAGCCUCGGGGGGCAGUGGGUUAGCUGGGCACACACUCUGGUCGCAUACAUUGCCUUCGCCAGUGCCCUGGUCGUAGGUAUUGCGCUGCACUACCAUAAGAUUGUGAAGAACGAGCAUUAUGGGUACCCUGACGAAUGGUUCCCUUCCGUGUCCGCGACGAUUGGCGACCGAUACCCCGAGCGAUCUUUCUUUAUGAUCUUUAUAGCCAUCACAUCGGGCCCUCGCUUCGCACUCGUUGGACUAUGGUACCUUCUGACCAGGAAGUCCGGCUCGAGGCUUCCUCGCGUGGUAGCGCUUACGGGUGUCUUCAGAACCUUGACGUGUGGAGGGUGGACGUACAUCACCUCGACUGACGACCAUGAUUGGCAUGAUAUUCUCAUGAUAUCCUACAUUGUCGCGACUCUGCCGUGGACCACGGGCUGUAUUGCGUUGAGUCCGGCGAAUCCGAGGGCCAUCCAGCUGCGCAAGUACUUUGCUGGUGCUUUCUUCGGAACCCUCGUGCCACUGAUCUACUUUUUCAUCCAGCACAAGGUGCACAAGGUGGCUGGCGCCUACACGACGUAUGCCUUUUUUGAGUGGUCCCUCAUCAUCCUCGACAUUAGCUUCGACGCUAUAACCGCCCUCGAUUUCUCGAGCUUUGAGAUUGUAGUCAAGGAUAAUACUGGCUUGAGCAAGGGGAAGGAAAAGGCCACUGCUGGUGUCUAUUCUGCUGGGUUCACCUUCACCCAGACCUUCGACACUAUUGCUAGCGUGUACCACGGAUUCGUCUUCUGGACGACUCUGACUAGUCUCGGUGUUGUUGUCUGGUUUUUCCCUCUCUGGUACAUGGGUAUUUCUGGCUUCGAGGCCUUCAUUAUGACCACGAUAUCGCCCCUUUUCCUUGCCAAUGGACCUCUCCGCUCAUUCGCCGUGCAUAAUCAGCGGACCAUCCAUUUUUUGUCGCUCUCUGGCAUCGCCUCGUACCUGAUCCCCAACCCGACUGUACGCCUGUGUGCUCUCGGCUUCGGUGUCUUCAUGUCCUGCUUCAGCUGGACUGCCACUCUGGUGGCCGAAUCUGUCCACGAAGUUCGCUUCGAGUCCAAGGUUCUAGGCCUGAUGGCGGGACUCAUCCUUUCGUCAACCGCCAAGUUCAUCUGGCAAACGAACAACCCAGUCUGGCCAAUUAUGCACGCCGAGAACGGUGGAUGGAAUGGCGUCGGUUUAGGUCUUGCGGUUGUGGCUGUGUUCGCCUUCUCCCGCAGGGCGCCCCUCACGACGGGCUCGAACGACAAAGAGCUGAAGGGCUCACCGUCGCUUGCCGCCUUUGGCAUCGGUGGCUUGCUCUUUGGUCUUCACUCACUGCUGUCCGACACCAGUACGAUGAUCCUCUGGGUCUGGGAAGGCUUCCCCAUUCGAGGGCCUUACUCCUCGACCCACGGCUGGUGCACUGUUGCCGCGAUGACCGUUGGUCUCUUCGCUGGCGUUGCGCGCCCUCAAGUGACUGGAGGUUACCUGGCUUUCGUUGCUGGCGCGUCUGGCGCGAUGGUCCUCACUUUCUUCAGCCACUGGACUGGGUACCUGGGAGCCCUGGCUAUCGCGACGUACUUGAUGGCCGUCUCAGUACCCCUGCUAUCAUCUGCUGUUCGGAAGAGCCCAGCAGUCAGCUUCGGGGUAGGCUUUUUGCUCUACAACUUCCUAGUCCUGUUCCACGUGUGGGUCGUUGCGUAUGCCUUCGUGCCCGGUGGGUCGCUAGUCCGCGAGCACAGCGACUGGGUGCAGAUGACCAUGAUGGCGUUCAUUGGCCUCGGCGUCGUCAACUACAACCGAUCUGUGCCACGCCGCCAGGAGCCCAAGGCCAAACGCCAGGCUGCCUCCCAGCACAAGAAGUACUUUGGCGUCGCGACACUGGCCGUCAACAUUGUCUUCCUCUGCGCUGCGUAUAGGCGCUUCCCCACCAACGACUAUAAGCCCUAUCAUCCCGAGGAUCGAGUCAUGACAGCCGGGAUCUGGACCAUCCACUUUUCCCUGGACAAUUACAUGUGGUCUUCGGAGUAUCGCAUGCGCGACCUCAUCAAGGACGCUGAGCUUGACGUUGUUGGUCUAUUGGAGUCUGACCAGCAGCGGAUCAUCAUGGGCAACCGUGAUAGCACCCAAUUCCUCGCAGAAGACCUGGGCAUGUACGUGGACUACGGGCCGGGACCCAAUAAGCACACCUGGGGAGCGGCGCUGCUGUCCAAAUUCCCCAUCAUCAACUCGACGCACCACCUCCUCCCUAGUCCCGUGGGUGAGCUGGCGCCCGCCAUCCACGCGACGCUUGACGUCUACGGCCAGCUUAUCGAUGUCUUUGUCUUCCACUCGGGGCAAGAAGAAGACAAAGAAGACCGUCGCUUGCAGUCCGAGUACCUCGCUGAGCUCAUGGGGUCCACGGACAGGCCCUCGAUCCUGCUCAGCUAUCUCGUCACAAAGCCCCUCAAGGGCAACUACAACACGUACGUCAGUGACAAGUCGGGCAUGAACGACGUCGACCCUUCCGACCGGAACCGCUGGUGCGAGUACAUUCUGUUCAAGGGCUUGAAGCGCAUCGGGUAUGCCCGUCUCAGUCGUGAUUCAAUCACCGAUACGGAGCUACAGAUUGCCAAAUUCGUCGUUCCCAAGGAUGCCGACGAGAUCAUGCAGCAGAAGGCUCUGUCUGCCGAGGAGCGCAAUCGGCGCGUUACGGAGAGCCAAGUGCCUAAGGAUUGGAGAUUCCCAAGCUUGUUCCGCGGCAAAGGUGUUCGAGGUCAUCGCUAUCACGUGUUUAAGAAGCCGAGAUACUACAACUAG